UUGGCAACGGUUAUCGUGUAGCGUGUAAGCGUAUCGUGUAGUAUAAAAGGAUGUCAGUUGCAGCAUAGAAGCAACCAUUAGCGACGCUUCAGUCUGCUUGUGGUGUUGAUAGUCGAGUCUCUCCAUCGCGCCCCACCCCGCCGCCGCCGCCGCCGCCGCCGCCGCCGCCGCCGCCAUGUCGCCGCUCGUCCGCUCGCUGCUCGCGCUCGCCGCGCUGCUCGCCGCCGCCGACGCUCAUGGACAAUGCGCGACGAUAGAAAUCGGAGGCAAACGAGCAGACGGAUCACCUGAUGGUCACAAAACGAAAUAUCCUGUACCUCUAAAACUUGUACAUGUACCUUACCCGGGAGGACAAGUGCACAUUCCUGAUGGUGCUUGCCGGGUGCCUAGGAACACCGUCGGUGCAAAGAUAAAGUGUUGCAACUCCAGUGACAACCCCAAUAUUCCUCCACCGACCAUAACCGUAGACAAUUACGUUUGGCCGACCAUCAACGUUCGCGUUGUUGACCGUGCGGGAUGUGACUGUGAAAUCACCCAGUACUGUUCUGAAUAUUAUAAAAUUUAAAAGGUGCACGUUUUGAACACUCAACACACGUUUCGAAUUAUGAUUUAAUAAUGUGGCUCUUGACAAACGGAUACUACUUAUGUUCACCUAUGAAUUAUUUUGUGUUAUUAUCUUUGUGUUAAUGCAACGUGCACUAGCUGCUUACUGUUGUGAUUCUUCAUCUAAAUUUCACAAAUUAUUAUUUUGUUAAGUAUAUUAGUUUUAACGUUUGAUUGAUUCUAAAUUGUUACUUUUAUUUUCUGUAUAGUGCACAAUAAAUAAUAUUUAACCUUCAUGUUUUAAAUAAACAUUUUAUUGCA